CCGGAAGUGCUUCGCGGCUGAGGCCCGGGCGACUCUUUUUGAAUGGAAUUGGGCUGAUUCAUCGCCGGUUCGCGGAGUCAGAGCCGGGCCGAAUCUGAGCCGCUGUCGCCGCCGCCGCGUCACCGCAGAGACCAGACGAAGGUCUAGACGGCGACCUCCUGCCCUGUCCUGCCCUGCUUGAGGAAAGAAAAAAAUAGUUCCUGGAAAAAUUAUACCUGCCUAAUAUUAGCAAGAGUUUGAAUUAAGAAGAAACUUGUCCAGACUCAUCAACUUGAAGCUUAAUACCUUACGAUUUUUGUUACCAAACAGAAACAUGGACAGGCUUCUUAGACUUGGAGGAGGUAUGCCUGGACUUGGCCAGGGCCCACCUACAGAUGCUCCUGCAGUGGACACAGCAGAACAAGUUUAUAUUUCGUCUUUGGCACUGUUAAAAAUGCUAAAACAUGGACGUGCUGGAGUUCCAAUGGAAGUUAUGGGUCUGAUGCUUGGUGAAUUUGUUGAUGAUUACACGGUCAGAGUGAUUGAUGUGUUUGCUAUGCCACAGUCAGGAACAGGUGUCAGUGUAGAAGCAGUUGACCCAGUGUUCCAAGCUAAAAUGUUGGAUAUGUUGAAACAAACCGGAAGGCCUGAGAUGGUUGUUGGUUGGUAUCACAGUCACCCUGGCUUUGGCUGUUGGCUUUCUGGUGUGGAUAUCAACACUCAGCAGAGCUUUGAAGCCUUGUCGGAAAGAGCUGUGGCAGUAGUUGUGGAUCCCAUUCAGAGUGUAAAAGGAAAGGUUGUUAUUGAUGCCUUCAGAUUGAUCAAUGCUAAUAUGAUGGUCUUAGGACAUGAACCAAGACAAACAACUUCAAAUCUGGGUCAUCUAAACAAGCCAUCUAUCCAGGCAUUAAUUCAUGGAUUAAACAGACAUUAUUAUUCCAUCACGAUUAAUUAUCGGAAAAAUGAACUGGAACAGAAGAUGUUGCUAAAUUUGCAUAAGAAGAGUUGGAUGGAAGGUUUGACACUUCAGGACUACAGUGAACAUUGUAAACACAAUGAAUCAGUGGUAAAAGAGAUGCUAGAAUUAGCUAAGAAUUACAAUAAGGCUGUGGAAGAAGAAGAUAAGAUGACACCUGAACAGCUGGCAAUAAAGAAUGUUGGCAAGCAGGAUCCCAAACGUCACUUGGAAGAACAUGUGGAUGUACUUAUGACUUCAAAUAUUGUCCAGUGUUUAGCAGCUAUGCUGGAUACAGUCGUAUUUAAAUAAAGCAACAUGAAAUGCUAUUAGUGAAA